AUGGAUCGACCUAGCACGAGUCAACAGUCAGUGGAGAAGGUAGAAAUGUUCGAAGUUCGGGAACAUGUUCCUUAUCAGGCAGAACUGACAAGAGCACCUGCUGCUUACGAUGAAGAAAGUGGCGACAUGUAUAGUUCCAAAUGGCAUUCCGCUUGGCAGGCUAUAUGCCAACUCUUCAAUCUUCUUCAUCAUAUGCAGAUAGCGAUAGUCGUGUUCUCUAUGUGGCAUUUUGCUUUGACUUCUGCACCCAAUGGAUCCAUCAGCAAUUUACAAUUGCAUAUCAUAUUUGCGGGAACUGGUUAUCAAUUAUUUUUGGUGGAGGCAGUGCUAACCUUACAUCGACAUAACGCAUGGUCUGGUCAAUUAUCAAAAGAUAGUAAACGAAUCGUACAUGGGUGCCUUCAGCUAAUCGGUUCUGUGUUCGUAAUUGCGGGAACAUUUCUGGGGUUAGCAGAAGUCAAAAUGCAAAUCAACACGGCUCAUGGAAUCUGCGGUGUAAUUGCGUUAGCAUUUUCCCUUAUAAGCUUCGUCACCGGCAUCGUAGCUCUCUUCUCGUCCAAAGUACGUUUAAUGAUCAAGAACGGACCGAUGAAGAUACUACACAUAGCCGUAGGACUGUUUGCAAUUUCAAUGGGACUUAUCACGAUGGUUAUGGGCUUCAAUAUGGACUAUUUCAGCGCUAGCCAAGGCGGACUAUCGACAGCUUUAAUGGUGUUUGUUGUGAUGAUUCUAUUUUACGUGAUUGUUCAACCAAUAGUUGAUUUAGUGUCGACAACUCGUAACAUAUUGUGA